GCCCCCUGCAAUUCCCAACGGAAAAUCAGAGGAAUUUGUUGGCCCCCCUUCCUCUCUCUCUCUAGUCUAUAUACCACUCCGCAUGUGUUUGGUUUCCAGGAAAGCAGACGAGAAACUUUUGGAAGAAAGAAAAUAUGUUUUGCUCAAUGAUACCGCGGAAGAGGAAGACAGGGAAGGUUCCGGUGCACCUGAACGUGUACGAUCUCACUCCCAUCAAUGGCUACGCUUAUUGGCUCGGCCUCGGUGUCUACCAUUCUGGUGUACUAGUUCAUGGGGUUGAGUAUGCAUUUGGUGCACAUGACCAUCCAACGACUGGAAUAUUUGAAGUGGAACCGAAGCAUUGCCCUGGUUUCACGUUUAGAAAAUCAAUCUUGAUUGGAAGAACAGAUAUGGGUCCCAAAGAGGUCCGGACAUUCAUGGAGAAACUUGCAGAGGAGUACUCGGGAAACACUUACAACCUCAUCACCAAGAAUUGCAAUCACUUCUGCAACGAUGCAUGUCUCCGUUUGACUGGGAAACCUAUACCCCGCUGGGUUAAUCGACUUGCUCGACUUGGUUUUCUUUGCAAUUGUGUGCUCCCGGCGGGUUUGAAUGAGACGAAGGUGCGACAUAUUAGAGAAGAAGAUAGAGCUUAUGAGAAGAAGAAGCUAAGAAGUGAUCCAAGUAGGUUUAUAUCUCCUUCAGGUUCUGAAGCCAGAAGAAGUAGACACAGAUCUCAUCCUCCUCCAUCUCCAUCAUUGAUUUAUUCUUCUUCUCCCUCACCCUCGACUGUGAAGCUUUAGCAGCAGUUUGUUUUUGGAACUACAAAGGAUUAUUAUUAUUAUUAUUAUUUUCAAUUUUUUUUUGUGUGAGUGUGUGAGAGAAAAGCAACAGCAACAGCAACAGAAGGAUGGGGAAAAAUCAAAAAUUUUAUAUAUGUUAUAUGGUUCUGGCAACAUUUUUUUUUUUACAAACAGGUGUUGAGAAAUGUUGCGGUGUUGAGAAAUGUUGCAGUGUUUCUGUUUUUGUAAAGUUUUUUCUAGUUUAAAUUAAAUGAACAAUCUGCUUUCCACUUCAACGUAACUUGUGAGCAGAGAGCCAUCUGUAAUUGACAAAGUAGCACAUAGAAAUGUUGAUUGCGUAAAGCCUCCUAAAAAACAAUCUUGUAAAUCUAAUAGAAUUCUCUAGUAGCACAGCUGUUUUAUGGGCA